AAAACAAGUCCAACUGGUUAUAGAGAGAGAGGAAAGUUCAGUUUCAUUUCUUGUUCCUGAUUCCAGCGAUGGCGGCUGCUGAUCUGAGAGACGAGCUGAGCUGCUCCAUCUGCCUGAGCAUUUAUACUGAUCCGGUAUCCCUGCCCUGUGGCCAUAACUACUGCCGGGGCUGCAUUGGGAGAACAUGGGACACCCAGGUGGACACUUUCCAUGAAAAUCCUUCCUGCCCUGAAUGCAGACAGAGAUUUAAAAGGAAACCUGAACUGGCAAAAGCCUGGAAGCUGCGUAGCCUGGUGGAGCGGUUCCGUCUGACUGAGACAGAGCCGGGGGAGACUGGGAUCUUCUGCACUUACUGUCUCCUCUCUCCUGUACCUGCUGCUAAAUCCUGUCUCCUGUGUGAGGCUUCUCUGUGUGAUACCCACCUGAGGGGGCACUGCCAGUCAGCAGAACAUGUACUCACUGAGCCCACCGCUUCCUUUAUGGGGAGAAAAUGUUCUGUACAUCACAAGGUUCUGGAGUAUCACUGCUGUGAGGACUCUGCCUGUAUCUGUGUGUCCUGCUGCCUGGCCGGGGAGCACCGGGGCCACAGGGUGGAGCUGCUGAGUGAGGCCUCUGAGAAGAAGAAAGAGAAACUGAGGAAAGUUCUGGAGAAACUGAGCCCAGAGAGAGAGGAGACUGAGAGAGAAGCCCAGAGGCUGCAGGAGCGCAGGAGAGAACUGGCAGAAGUGGCAGCCGGUGAGACAGAGAGAGUUACUGCCCUGUUUAGGGGCAUCAGGGAAGAGCUGGAAGCCCUAGAGAAGCGACUCCUGAGUGACAUCUCCAGGCAGAGAGAGGAGCUCACACUCACACUCACUGAGCUGAUCCAACAGCUGGAAAUAAAGAAGGACGAGCUGUCCAGGAAGAUCCGGCACAUUGAGGAGCUGUGCAACAUGGCAGAUCCACUCACUGUCCUACAGGAACAAUGGGAAUCCCAUGGAGCUGCCUUUUGUGGGGCUGAGGGGGCA